GAGGGCCGAUUCCAGAAAGCGCGGCGGAUCGCUUUUAAUGGCGGAUUUGUGUUUUUAUAUUCUCAAAAGCGAUUCGCUUUCCAUUUGGAAAGCGAAAGUUUUUUCCAACAAAAUGUCAUUCUUCUAGUGAAUUUUGAAAGCGACAGGCGUAAUAGUGGCGGAUUUCAACAAAAUGAGUAACAAACAUACCUCCACGAAGCAAUUUGCGACCCUCGUAGAAUUCCUAAAAGAGAAUAGCGGAAUAGCAAAGGGAAUUCUAAAUGCUCCCAAAUAUAAGGCCAAAACCAGGGAGCUUUGGGAUGAAAUUACUGUUGUCCUUAAUAGUCUUGGACCUCCAGUAAAAACGUCGGAUGGUUGGAAGAAGGUAUGGAAAGAUUUUAAGUAUCACAUAAAGGAUAAAUUGCGAGAAAACAAAAAAUCCAUGCUUGGGACAGGAGGUGGACCGAACAAACAGCAUGUGUUCUCAGUCUUAGAAGAAGACAUUAUUGCUUUGCUGGUCUGUGGUCUCAAAGUAAGGAAAUUUGGAACAGCAGAUGCUUUGCCAACCAGAGAACCUUUAAAAGAAAAAAUCGAACAAAUACGUCAAAAUCUUUCACCAGAAACCUGUCAACUAUUUGAGGAAUCUGAAAUUUUACUGUCAGGAGAGAUAAAUGAACAACCGGAAGAAGGAGAAUUCGACAAAGAAAUGGAAGAGCAUGCACAAAAGACACCAACUCGCCACACUAGAACUUCCGCGGCAACAUCAAAAAAAUUGUUGGAGCUCCAAGUGAACCAACAAAAGAUAUACCAGGAAAAAUCGUUAAAUCUCCUAGAAGAGCAGAAUAAGUUAUUGGAAAGAAAAAAUAAAGAACUUAAAUUGCAAACGGAAGAGAUGAAAAAAAUUCGAAGACUAAAGGAACAAAAACUAAAGAUUUUAAAAAGAAAAAACGAAAUUAUGGAAAACGAAAGCAAGGAAAACACAAAACUAAAACUAAGAGAGUUGGAAAGAGUUUGA